AUUUUUUGAUACAAAGCUGCAGCCGGUGUGUGUUGUGUUUGUUUUGAUCGAGUGAGUGAGAGAGUCCUGUCCACUGUUCACCUCACAGCCAAGGUUUUAGCUUUUUUGUUGUUGUCCGUUAAUAACAGCAGCCACAUAUAAUGAACGUGGUAGACCACCUGCGGGAAAUGGCAGUGUCUGGCCUCCACUCCAACGUCAGAUUAUUGAGCAGCCUGCUCCUGACCAUGAGCACCAACAGCACGGAGUUAUUUUCGCCUUCCCAGAAGUAUCAGCUGCUGGUGUACCAUGCUGAUGCUCUCUUUCAUGAUAAGGAGUACCGGAACGCGGCAUGCAAGUACACUAUGGCGUUGCAGCAGAAGAAGACCCUAAGCAAGAUCUCUAAAGUGAGGCCAUUCCCUGGGAGCACUACAUCUUCCCCACAGGCCCAGAGCCUGCCGUCUGAGAUUGAAUUGAGGUAUAAAAUAGCUGAGUGCUACACCAUUCUGAAGCUGGAUAAAGAUGCCAUCGCAGUGCUGGAAGGGAUUCCGACCAGACAGAGGACUCCCAAGAUUAACAUGAUGCUGGCUAAUCUGUACAAGAAGGCUGGACAGGAGCGCUCGGCUGUGACCAGCUACAAGGAAGUCAUCAGACAGUGUCCCCUCGCUCUUGAUGCCAUCAUAGGUCUGCUGUCGCUGUCUGUGAAAGGUGCAGAAGUGGCUUCAAUGGCUAUGGAUGUGAUUCAGAGCAUCCCCAAUCUGGACUGGCUGUCAGUGUGGAUAAAGGCGUAUGCUUUCAUACAUUCUGGUGAUAACAUGAGAGCCAUCAACACCAUCUGCUCCCUGGAGAAGAAGUCCCUGCUUCGUGAUAACGUGGAUUUGCUGAUUAGCCUUGCAGAUCUGUAUUUCAGAGCUGGGGACACGAAGAACUCCAUCCUCAAGUUUGAGCAGGCCCAGAUGCUGGACCCCUAUGUGAUCAAAGGAAUGGACGUGUAUGGGUACCUUCUGGCUCGAGAGGGCCAUCUAGAGGAUGUUGAGGUCCUAGGAGGACGUCUGUUCAACAUCUCCGACCAGCAUGCUGAACCCUGGGUGAUCUCAGGGUGCCACAGCUUCUACAGUAAGCGGUACUCUCGGGCACUCUACCUGGGAGCCAAGGCCAUCCAGCUGAACAGUAGCAGUGUACAGGCCCUGCUGCUGAAGGGAGCUGCUCUGAGGAAUAUGGUGCGCGUCCAGGAGGCCAUCAUCCACUUCAGAGAGGCCAUGCGCCUCGCCCCCUGUCGCCUGGACUGCUAUGAAGGUCUCAUUGACUGUUACCUGGCGUCGAACAGUAUUCGUGAAGCCAUGGGGAUGGCAAACAAUGUGUACAAGACCCUGGGAGCGAACGCUCAGACGCUCACCAUCCUAGCCACCGUGUGUCUGGAGGACCCCAUGACACAGGAGAAGGCCAAGACUCUGCUGGACAAGGCGCUGGCACAGAGACCAGACUACAUCAAAGCUGUGGUCAAGAAGGGCGAGCUGCUCGGCCGAGAACAGAAAUACGAGGAGGGAAUCGCUCUGCUGCGGAACGCCCUCGGCAACCAGAGCGACUGUGUGCUGCACAGGAUGCUGGGAGAUUUCCUGGUGGCUGUCAAUGACUAUCAGGAGGCCAUGGACCAGUACAGCAUCGCACUGAGCCUGGACCCGAAUGACCAGAAGUCUCUGGAGGGCAUGCAGAAGAUGGAGAAGGAGGAGAGCCCGACGGAGGCGACUGCAGAUGAGGAUGUGGAUGAUAUGGAGGGCAGCGGGGAGGAAGGGGACCUGGAGGGCAGUGACAGCGAGGCCGCGCAGUGGGCUGACCAGGAGCAGUGGUUCGGCAUGCAGUGACCCAGUGAGACCGGGCUGGGCCGGACAAGGUACCGCCAGGGGAGAGCCAUCUUUUCAUUGACACAGUGAGCCAGGCACUGACCCCUAGCACAUAGUGCCACCUGGUGGUAGACUUCACCUACUGCUUGUGAGAAUCAAGGAUCACACUGUUAGUCAAAGAAAGGUUUGGUAAGCUUAGUGCUUAUGAUUCCCAACUUAAAGUUUAAGAUAAUAUAAUUGGACAAAAGCCAUCUCUCCCAUUACUUUUUUGACUAACUACUCAAAUGGGUGCAAUGUGAGAAUGAACCUGGCAGAGCCUCCUACCUACCUGAAAAGACUUGUGAAUGUUCCUUUUUUUUUCUUUUGACAAAGAUUUUUGAAUAUAAUGUAUUUUUGUAUUAUUUUAAUGGAAUAUCUUUUUUUUUUCAUAACCUGAACUGAAAAUCAUUGGCUUGUAAUAGUUGUGUACCAAAGAGCUGCAGGAUGAAAGGAACAGUGAACAGGAACGGCAAGGAUUUUAUCUUGUUGCACACUACGGCAUGGUCUGCGUGUGGAGAGAGUCACAUGCCUGCUGCAGCCUCGGUGCACUAAAUGCAUCAUUUCCCUUUUGUGGAAAGCUUUCUGGUUAAGACUUUUCUAACCCGUUUAAUCAAGUACUACUUGAAAAACCCAGAAUAUGAAAUAACAAAAUCUUAACUUUCAGCCUUCUAGCUUCUUGUGGUCUAUUUAUGUCGAAUAUUGUCGUUUGUAUUCUGUGUACUAAAUUAGCACGUGUGUACCGAGAUUACAGAGCUUCUUAUUCAGUUAUUAUGACUUUAAAUUGUGGUGCUUUGUUGAUCUUUUUGUUGCCUUGGUCUCUUAACAGCUCUUGCAGUGGUUUUAAAGCAGUGUUCACGAAGGAUUAGCACUCCCUGGCAUACUAAUGCUUUGUGAAUACAGCCCGUAAGACCCAAAUAUUAGUGGACUUGGGUCCCAGUGUUUACGGAUUGGGGAUGGCGUCCAGGAGAUACUGGUGUCAAAUACCCUCUUAGCCACUAGCUAACUGAAAGAAUGUGGAUGUACAAUUAUGAUACACAGUGUUUCAGGCUGGUAUAUUCUUAACAAUAUAACUGAAAAAAAUUACUUUUUGUUAAGUUUUCUAAGAAAAAAAAAGUUUAACGUAUACAAUGCAAAAGGGUUUGUAUGAGUUAAUGGCUUUUGUGUACAUAAGUAAAAUAACCUCUUUUGUGUACUUUAAAAAAAAAAAAAAAAAAAUGUGCUUGUUGGAAAAAAUUAAUAAAUCCAUUGGGAAAUAUCUGACUCAACAAAUGUGUUGAAUGGUGUUUCGAGAUUAAUUAGACCUAUUCAGCAGGGCGAGGAUUCAUGCUCUGUAUGGUCACCCGUGAAUUUAUUACAAUUGCAUUCAGGUAUUCUUGGCUCAUACAUCACUGUCCCAAUAAAAGUGUGCCGAUCUAAUGCUUUGGCGUCAAUGCACCUCUUGCCGUUUAUUGUAGCAGAGAACCCUUAUUUAAUCAGCAUUGAUUGAUUUAUUUAAAAAUGAAAUGCUCAAAUCUGAUUCCUAAACAGUGGCCCCUGGUGGUGGGACAGGGUUGACUCUUCCAAUUGGCACAUGCAUCUUUCUAGUAUUUUUGGCUCACAUAUUUAUUUGCUCUUCAGUGUUAAACAUGAAUGCUAUGUGAAAAGGGUUUUCUUUUGCCAUUCUGGUUUUCAGUUCUCCCUCCCCCAUCACUUGUAAUAUUUGAAAUGGAUGUCUUUCAGGUUGUGAUGUAGAUGAACAUCUCUGAUCUUAUGGAUAACCAGUAGUUCUGAAUACAAGUAGUUUUAU